UGGCAAUGCAUCCAUUUUAAAUGACAUAAGGGGGGAAAAGCCUGAAACGAAAACAAAAGUGGUUAUCGAAUGUAAAUAAUGCGAUGGGAUUUCAUUUUCAAAUUCUUGUCUGAGAAAAAGUAUUAAAUAUGAAAAUGAUUUCAUUUCCUUCUCGAAUUUCAUUACUGUUUUGGCUUGGCCUUUGUUCGAUAAGUAUAGUUGCUGGUGAAACAACUUGUAGUAAUGAGACUUGUAAUGACUGUGUAGAUAAUAAAGCUGCUGUAUAUUGUUUAAGCAAUAAAUGCUGUUAUGCGAAAAAUAAAACUGAAGAUUGUAAAGCAGAAGAUAUAAUAUACAACUCAAGUAACUGCUCUCUUGCACCUACUAAUGUAACUUCUGUCAGUCCCACAACUACAACAAAAAUAAUUACCACCACCACUGUGGCAUCUACGACGUCAGUAACUUCAUCAUCUUCUGUUCCUACUGUGCCAACCAGAACUACAGUUAUUCCACCAGGUCGUCAUUUUGAUGCCCCUAGUUUUAUAGGAGGCAUUGUUUUGGCUCUAGGACUUUUGGCUAUUAUUUAUAUAAGCUUUAAAUUUUAUAAAGCCAGAACUGAAAGAAAUUAUCACACUUUGUAAUUAAUUUGUUUUAUCGUAAAUUCUCAGUUAAAAUCAUAUGUAAUGUAACUUUUUUUUUUUGUAUAGAAAAGUUUUAAAUUUUUGUGAUGUUUAGUUCCUGUAUAUUAUAUUGUGUAAAAAAUAUACUUUUAAACUGAAGUGUUUUUGUUAUUUAUAAUGUUGAUGUCUACCUGUUAUAUAUUUUUUUAAUCUUAGUUAUUAUGCAUGUAAUUAGGGUUAGAUACUGUUUUAAUUUAUGAAAAAUAGGCAUAAAUGUAAUUAUACUUUUGUGAGUGAUUUAAUCUUUAAAAGCUUUAUUUUUUAAAUGUAUUACUAAAAAUAGUUACCUAUAUUCUUUAAAAUAAAAUGUUAUCUCAAGGUAUUGACAGUAAUAUAAUUUUAACAUCAAGUUAUAAAAUAUUUCAUAGUAAUAUUUUAUUAAAAUAUAGAGACAUAAUAAAUUCUUCAUUAAUUUAGCUUUAAAUCUUCCGUGCAUAUUUUCUUCGAUAUUUGAAUUGGUUCAUUAAUAAAUUUCUAGCUAUAAGGAGCUCUUUAUCUUUUAAAAAUUUUAGAUCUAAGAUACGUUUCAAAGAGGUGGGACCAUAAUUUGGCAGAGUAGCUCCUUUUAAAAUGCUAUGUAUAAGUUGAUGUUGCCUUAUUUCUGAAGUGAAGUAUUUUUCAGGUUUAACUAAGUCUUCACAUGUUUGAUUAUGGUUGUUAGAUUUUAAAACAUAUCCUGCCACUUUGUUACUCCAUACAUUGUAUGAAGUUAGAUUUUUAGCUAAAACUUUCUUUUGAACACAGUAUUCAAACCAUUCAUUGCGCCGCCUUUGCAAUUCUUGGACUUCUAACUUUAAUUGUUCUGGGCCAAAUUCUUUAACUGUUGCUUGAAACCUUUUUAGAAAAUGAUCAUAUAGCAUUUUAUCAGCCCAAUUCCAUUCUUCUAAGUUCUUAGUUGCUUCUUUAGAUAAACUCUUCCUGAAAUUCCCUAAGCGAGCGUUUAUUGUAAGGCUGACUAUGUCAUCUAAAUCCCAGCACAAAAUGUGGCGUAAAAGAAUAACUGAUUCAUCAAAGUGUUCUGCAAUCAUUACGAAGUCAAAAAUUUGGUCAAUUUUUUGUAUUGUUUUCUCUACUACUGAGCGAUUAUUAAAAAAGUAAGGUGAUAGGCCAAAAUCAAACAACAUUUGAUUUCUUCCCAUGCCAUUUGAACGCUUCUUCAAUGUUGCUAUAAUAGAUUCAUUUUUGGUUCCUCUGGCAUAUUCUUCAAUAUCCAUGUGAUAAAAAUCCUGUAAAAAUAAAAUUGACAUGCUGUUUUAAAAUUAUAUUAUAAUAAGUUUUAUAUAUAUCUGCUUAGCUUUAUUUAAAAAUUUAAAAUUGUACUUCAAUUUUUAUGCAUUAUUAAAUUUAUUUGAUUAUAAGGUAAGCUCUUAAUCUUUCAAAAGGGUUGAAAUUUCGCAAUAAUUUUUAAAAUACUUAAAUGGAGAUUUUCUAAUAUAUUAAUCUGACUAAUAUGGUCACAUUAAAUGCUGUACAUUAUUUAAAAUCUUUAUAAAUACACAUUUUAAAUCUGUCUAUUAAAUCUUUUUUAUCUUACAACAUAAUUUGUCAUGAUCUCAGUGUUUGAUGUAGAAGAUAUUUCUAUUAUUAAAUUAUUUUUAUACUUA